CCAUUUGCUGCCGCCAUGGCCGCCGUGUGCGAGGGCCUGCUGGCCAAGCUGAACGAGCUCAUGGACUUCCUGCGCUUCGCCAAGCUGCCGGGUGCCGAGUUCCGCGGCGUGGUGACGUUCAUGUUCCGCGCGUCUCCCAACGACAAGGAAAAUAUCGCAUGCAUGCGCACCAUCGACAUGCGUCGUGGACUGGAAGUGGAUAACACCACGUUGCACCCACAAGACCCAUUUUUGCCGGAGGUGGCCGUGGUUUACGUGAGUCUGGCAGACUUCCUCUACAUGUACUCGGGGGAGGCCACGGCCAGUGAGAUCGCGGGCAUGGUCAUGUCUGGCCGCGUGUCGGUGCCCUGGAGCUCGUACGGCAAGUUGAAGGCUUUUGCCGAGUGUUUCGACUUUUCCAGUGAAAAAUGGGACGCCUACUACGCGGACCUAAAAUCGCGUGGGGUGGCGCAAGAAGUCCCUAAAUGUACCCAAAAGUGCUGCCAGCAGAGCAGCAAAGAGGACAUCGAGGCGAAUUGGCUCCUGGUCUCGGACGCCACGUCCACGAGUGGCGGGGGCGACUGGGAGGUGGUCUCCGACUUGCAGUGCCUCAAUGUGUCCAAGGAGAAGAGGGAGGAGAUGGAAAAGGUGUUCGACUUUACGCCACUGGAAGAGUGGCUGGGCAGGUUGUGGAACGGGAAGGGAGGGGAAGGCGCGCGGCCUGCCAGGUCGCUGCAGUCGAACGUCAAGAGCUCGCUCAGUGACCUCAAGUCCAUGGCCGGCAAGCUCUUCGUGUCGCUGGAGGCGUAGGCUUGCUUCCCCCCUCUUAAAGCAGCAGAAGCAGCGGGUGCUCACUGUAAUGUUGCUAUUGCUACCAGCACCAUACCAAUUGCAAUCAUCGUGUACAAGUUGUUGCUGGGCUACCUGGUGGCUUUGGCGUAUGCACUGCACUGCCUGCGUCUCGUUGUUGCCAGUUGUGCAUACGGCGAUGAAGCUAUUUGUCUCGCAGGAUGUGGUAGGACGUCGAGCACCGGAACCUAGAUGAAGGUCGCCGACCGAUUCGGCGCUGUUGCGCAAAAGGAAAAGUGGAUAUAUAGGUACGAGUCGACCCAUGUAUCUGCAUCUACACGCGUUAACAAUGUGAACUUCACAUU